AUGAAGGCAUGUCAUGAUGACAAUGGGGUGGCAAGCCCUGGGGUUCCAGCGAAAAGGCAAGAUGUGGCCCAAAACAUUGAGGACUGCAAGGUAAAGCUGCAGCAGCAUGUCUGGGCCCUUGCUGGUCUCCAGGAGGUAUAUGGGGAAGAGACAGCACCAACUCUGGGUGAAGAAGCCAAAGGAGAAAAAAAUAAAAGCCUUCCUGCAACUCAGCCUUACAAAAAACUUCGUCACCCCCACAACCUGGUGUUGGGUCCGAUCACCCCAACAUUCCUGGCUGCCCAACAGAAAAACAGAUUUAAUGAGCACAGCAGCAUGAUAUGGGCUGAAUGUAAAGAAAUUUGGACUCAAGGCCCCAAGGAUUAUUUGUUUGAGUUGUGGAAUAUGCUUGAUUUUGGUAUGUUAGCAAUUUUAUCGGCAUCAUUCAUUGCAAGAUUCAGGGCAUUCUGGCAUGCUUCCAAAGCCCAGAGCAUCAUUGAUGUAAAUGAUAAUUUGAAGGACUUGACAAAAGUAACAUUGGGAGAUAAUGUGAAAUACUGCAAUUUGGCCAGGAGGGAGUGGGACCCCCCAGAUCCUGGUAUGGUGUCUGAAGGUCUUUGUGCAGUUGCUGUGGUUUUGAGUUUCUCUGGGAUAGCUUGUAUUUUGCCAGCAAAUGAAAGCUUUGGACCUCUGCAGAUGUUGCUUGGAGGAGCAGUCAAAGACAUCUUCAGGUUCAUGGUCAUAUUCAUUAUGGUG